UAAAAGAAUGAUCAAAUAUUUAUGUUUGUCAACAUUUAAAUCUCAUUAGUGUUCAUAAUAAUUUGGAUCAGAAGUGAAGUGGGAAUUUCAAUAGUCAAAAUACCCUUUUGCUUCCGAACAGGCCCCAUGGAGAAUACGAGGAAGCUGUCUCAACAUAUGAAUAUACUUCUCCCUGCCUAACAAGGAUUUUGAGGUGAAAACAGAGGAUAUUUGGGUUCUUGGGACUGCUGAGGGUUGAUGGAGGUGGUUUAUUUUUGUUGAUCAGCUGUAAUAUAAUAAUCAAGAAUGCGCCACCACUGAUGUAAACCUGGGCCUGAUUUUAGGUUUUGCAUGUUGAGGUGGGAAGGACAUUGUUUUCGAUAAUUAAGGAAUGCUAAAUUGAUGUGUGCUCCAAUGAGUUUUCAGAGAUUGAAAUCUCGGACAACAUUGAUGGAACUUCCUUUGAAAGAACAGGAUUUGGGAUUUAGGAUCUGUGUUCUCUGUCUCUGGCCUUAGCAGGAAAAACAUUGAAUUCUUUCCUGUGUGAAGUGCAUCUAUUGUUGUUUGGAGUAACUUGUUUCCUUAGUUCUGAUUGUUUCAAGAUGUCUUUGAUUUCGGAGAAGAGUAUAUUUCCCUCAAGGCUUCUCUCUUGUCUGAUAGCAUUUUCGACAAUGCUUUUGAUUUCCUCCGGGUUGUCCCUUCUAGAGUUUGAUGAGAGUUAUUUCUUUCCUAAGACGGUUCUUGAGUUCGUUCUUGUGAAUGAUACAUCGAUCAGCCCGUCAGCAAAUGCCAAAGCUGAUUCACAAGAAAGUCCCAUUAAGAGUUUGGCUUAUGCUGACGGAACUUUAGAGAAACAAGAUGGAACUGUAGAGAAACAAGGCGCCGCGGUUAAAAGUCGAGCUUUUGCUAACGAAACUUCAGAUAAACAACACAUUGCAGCUCAACAGGUCGUUUUGCCACCUCCUGACCCCAAAAAGAUCGUUUUGCCACCUACGGACCCCAAAGAGACUAAGGAUGAACCAGCAAAAUAUAGGAAAAGGUUAUGUGACAAAUCGCAAGCUCUUCUUAAAGUAUAUAUGUAUGACCUGCCGCCUGAGUUUCACUUUGGGUUGUUAGGUUGGAAGGGAAGCGGAAAUCAAACAUGGCCUGAUGUAAGUGAACCGAAGAAUAUACCAUCGUAUCCCGGUGCGCUCAAUUUACAGCACAGUGUUGAAUACUGGCUCACUCUCGAUCUUUUGGCAUCAAAUACUGAAAACGUAGUUCGGCCAUGCACUGCAGUCAGAGUACAAGAUUCGAGCAAAGCGGAUGUAGUAUUUGUACCGUUUUUCUCAUCUCUAAGUUACAACCGGCGUUCUAAGCGCCGUGGGAAGCAAAAAGGUGGUGAUGACAGAGUGCUGCAGGAAAAAUUGGUGCAGUUUUUGAAACGAACGAAAGAGUGGAAAAGAUCGCAUGGGAGAGAUCAUUUGAUUCUAGCCCACCACCCCAACAGCAUGUUAACAGCAAGGAAAAAGCUCGGUUCUUGCAUGUUAGUGCUUUCAGACUUUGGGAGAUACCCGACUCAUAUAGCCAACGUGGAGAAGGAUGUAAUUGCUCCUUACAAGCAUAUGGUCAGGACGAUUCCAGCUGCUAACUCACCCACCUUUAAUGAUCGGCCAACAUUGAUUUAUUUCCAGGGAGCAAUUUAUCGGAAAGAUGGUGGAGUGAUCCGUCAAGAACUAUACUACCUUCUCAAGAAUGAGAAAGACGUCCAUUUCAAAUUCGGGAGCAUCCAAGCAAACGGGUUAAGAGAAGCAAGCAGAGGGAUGGCCUCAUCAAAAUUCUGCCUAAACAUUGCCGGAGACACCCCCUCAUCUAACCGCCUCUUUGAUGCCAUUGCUAGCCAUUGUGUUCCCGUAAUAAUCAGUGACGAGAUCGAGCUGCCAUACGAAGAUGUUCUCGACUACUCAAAAUUCUGCGUAUUUGUUCGUGCAUCAGACGCCGUGAGAAAGGGCUACCUUGUGAAUCUUCUAAGGGGCAUCAAACAAGAGGAAUGGACAGCAAUGUGGGAGAAGUUGAAGAAGAUCACCGGACGCUUUGAGUACCAGUUUCCGUCCCAACCUAACGAUGCUGUGGACAUGAUUUGGCAGACAGUUUCACGCAAGAAAACGACUACGCUGUUGAACGUUCAUCGGAAGAACAGAUACAGCAGAUCGAGUCUCGGUAAGGACUAAUUGACUCACACAUCCCUUCUAUGGUUUCAGAGUUGAUGUAUUCGCAGUUAGCAGUAAGAAUGUUGCGUAUUUUCA